AGAGACGCUCUAUCCACCGCCAGAGAAGAGCCUCACAACCCCGGACCGUUAUUCGCGGAGCUGCCACCCACAUCCCUACUAGCGCGGUCCGCCGCGGCGCAGCCGUGCUUCUCGGGUUUACAGCUUACAUAGCAUGGGUACGAUUUAAAACGCUCCGUACUACCAAACCAUUAUCAGUUUCGUUUAAGAUACUUCUCUCGCAAGUCGGGCUGAGACUGAGAUGAUGGAGCACUGGAGGCAGUGCGCGCUGUGGCUGAUAAACUGUAAGGUGCUCCCACCUAGCCACCGGGUGACCUGGGAGUCUGCGCAGGUAUUUGACUUGGCUCAAACCCUACGGGAUGGAGUCCUCCUGUGCCAUCUGCUCAACAACCUGAAACCCCAAUGCAUCAACCUGAAGGAAAUCAACCUCAGACCGCAAAUGUCACAGUUCCUGUGCCUGAAGAAUAUCAGGACCUUCCUAGGGACAUGCAGCGACACAUUCGGGAUAAAGAAAAGUGAUCUGUUUGAUGCUUUUGAUCUUUUUGAUGUCAGGAACUUUGGGAAGGUCAUGGAGACUUUAUCCAUACUCUCCCAUACAAUGAUUGCACAGCAAACAGGAAUCAGACCUUUUCCUACAGAGGAGAGCGUUGAAGAUGAGGACAUUUAUAACCACCUGGAGGAUCUCAUAGAUGAGAACAGGUUGGAGGAUGAGGAAGAUCUAUACGACUGUGUUUAUGAUGAUGAAGAAGGUGGAGAGAUCUAUGAGGACCUGAUGAAGACGGAAGCCAUCCCUCCUCCGGCAUAUCAGAAGCAGGCGGAGAUUGACAUCAGGAGUUGCUGCUUGAUGGAGCUGAAGCAGACGGAGGAGAAAUACACAGAGACCCUGGAGUCUAUAGAGAAGCACUUUAUGACGCCCCUCUCUAUGUUUUUACCCACGCUGGAGAUGGAGAAGGUGUUUGUGAAUAUCCCGGAUCUGGUUAAAGUUCACAGAUGUUUACUUUUGGAAAUCAAAGAGUCAGUCCACCAAAGAGGUUCUCAGAACCUUUACCAGAUCUUCAUCUCUUUCAAAGAGAGGUUGCUGAUUUAUGGGAAAUACUGCAGCCUUGUGGAGACGGCCAUCGUCACCCUCGAUAGCAUCUGUAAGAACAGAGAGGAUGUUCGCAUGAAGCUAGAGGAAUGUUCAAAGAGAGCCAAUUAUGGAAAGUUCACUUUGAGAGACCUGCUGGUGGUUCCGAUGCAGCGGGUGCUGAAGUAUCACCUCCUCCUGCAGGAGCUGGUGAAACACACUCAUGACGCUGCUGAGAAGAGCAACCUACGGACGGCACUAGAUGCUAUGAAGGACUUGGCUCAGUACGUUAAUGAAGUCAAGAGGGACAACGAGACGCUCAGAGAGAUCGAUCAGUACCAGAAAUCCAUAGAAAACUUGAAUCAGACUCUGAGAAACUACGGGAGGCCCAAAGGUGACGGGGAGGUGCGCGUGUCCUCAGUGGACAAACGAGCCAAACAGGACAGGCAUAUCUUCCUGUUUGACUCCGCAGUGAUCGUUUGCAAACGUCGAGGAGACAACUACGAGAUGAAAGAAGUGAUCGACCUGCACAACUUUAAGAUCACUAACAACCCAACGGCGGACAAGGAGAACCGAAAGUGGUCCUAUGGAUUCUACCUCACUCACAACCAAGGACAGAAUGGCUUUGAGUUUUUCUUCAAGACCAAAGAGCUAAAAAAGAAGUGGCUGGAGCAGUUCGGCAUGGCCAUAUCAAACAUUCGUCCUGAGAAUGCCACCAACAAUUUCCACGAGUUCCGAAUGCACACAUUUGAGAGAAUCACCUCCUGCAACUCUUGCCACAUGCUGCUGAGGGGCAUCUUUAACCAGGGUUACCUGUGCUCCAAGUGUGGUUUAGGCGCCCAUAAAGAAUGCCUCGGCCGCUUUGGCGUCUGUGGAAAAACAGAUUCCAGCUCCGUCAGAACUCAGGGUAAAGCUAAAGACUCAGGUCUGCCCAAGAUGCUGGUCAUCAGGAACUACUUCGGAGUACCGAGCCCCGCCUCUGGCCAGGCGCUCAGCAUCCAGACUGGUGACAUCAUUGAACUAAUUCGUGCUGACCUGCACAGCCCCUGGUGGCAGGGCAGGAUUCCGUCGACGAGGGAGGCUGGCUUCUUCCCAAGCGACGCCGUGAGGCCCUGUCCAUGUCUCCCAAAGCCCGUGGAUUACUCGUCCCAGCUCUGGUUUGCAGGUCCGAUGGAGAGGUUCCAAGCAGAGGCAGAACUCGUCAACCGGGUCAACAGCACCUAUCUGGUUCGCCAUCGCAGCAAAGAGUUCACAGAGUAUGCCAUCAGUAUAAAGUACAACAACGACGUGAAGCACAUAAAGAUCCUGACCAGAGACGGCAGCUACUACAUCGCAGAGAACAGGAAGUUCAGGGGCAUUUUUGAGCUGAUUGAGUACUACAAACACCACUCACUAAGGGAGGGCUUCAAGAGCCUGGACACCACCCUGCAGUUCCCUUAUCGGCAGCAGGAGAACCCUGCUGUGCACCGACUCAGCCGGUCCAGUACCAACACUCCAUUGCUCUGCGGCAUCUCUCUUGUUUCUCCUGCUGGCUACAGCUUUGUGCCUCCUUCCUCUGCUCCCUUCUGGUCAGCGUUAACUCCCAAAGUUAUCGGAAUGGCUAUAGCGCGGUACGACUUCAGCUCUCGUGACACGCGGGAGCUGUCGCUGCAGGAGGGAGAGGUGGUGAAGAUCUACACCAAGACGGGCUCCAAUGGCUGGUGGAGGGGCGAAGUCAACAGCAGGGUCGGCUGGUUUCCAUCCACCUACGUGGAGGAGGUUGAGGAGUAAAAGUUCCAUCCUGGGAAGAAGAUUGGAAUAAUAGCUUAGCUCCUCUGAGCCGCUCCAGCCGUACCUUUCAGAGCGAUGCAGACGUUUAGCUCUCCUUCACGCUGUUGCCUGAAACCAUCCAACGGCCUUCGGCGGACACAAGGGCUGCAGAGACGUUCUGGUUGACUCUGUGUGGCUAACUGAGUCCACCAACAAGCAGCUUGACUGUCAGUGGAGAAUACUUCCUCUCCCUCCUUUCCUCUCAUCCAUCCAUCCAUAAUCCAUCCCUCUCUCCUGCUGUAACCCCGGCCAGCAGCAGUCACCCCUCCUCAACUCCCACCUGCCAAGUCAGGUGUCACCAAAACUGUCACGAGUGAAUCCUCAGAUGCUGCUACUCCACUCAUGCACUCGUCUAUCCAUCCAUUCAUCCUUCACUCCACGCCAUCAGGGAAUAGCACAGAAGAAGAACCACACUGUAAAGUUUUUUUCUGUCUUUCUUUUCAUCUUCGUCUCCAUCCAAAGGGAUUUCAGUCAGUUAUGACCUUGGCUGUGUUUGUUCAACAAAGCAGGUUGUUAUUGAUGACUUGGUGACCCAGAUUGUCUCUCUCUCUCACAAACACACACACACACACACACACACACACACACACACACACACACACACACACACACACACACACACACACACACACACACACACACACACACACACACACACACACACACACACACACACACACACACACCAUCCUUCUUCAGAUUGCGAUCACCUCACACACACGCUUACUGAAGAUGAUGACAGUAGAGAGGGAUGGUGUUGGAUAGCACCACUACGCCAGCGAUUGAUCGCUGUUGUUCCUGUUUUCCUGCCCCCUCUUUUAUCUGCGAGCCGGCCUCUCGUGUUUUUAGUGUUCUCGGCCGAGAGCGAUCCUCCGAUCUUAUCAGGCCAGCUCUGUCAACAACCGCAUGUUUGCUGAGGGUUUAUCUUAUUACAGGUAUUAGGAGCUUGUUGGGGAGGGAGCCGUGGCACCUGGGAGACCUUCUCAGGAACAGCUGUGUUGCAUCGGUUUGAUUUAGACCUUUGAUUUUUGUCUUGGUCUCAAGUCAGAGGGACUGGAGGCUGAUGGUGUUCUGUAUGGUGACUGCAGGUCUAGAUUUGUUUUAUUAAGGAAAACAGUUGGGCCCUGAGUGUUGGUGAAAUUAUGCAUGUUUCAAAAUGGUUUCAAAACUUUUGGCGGAGUUGCAGGUUUUUGAUCUCACAUUUAGACAUUAUUAAUGCAAAACAAAUUUCACCAAAUCUAUGAGACAGAAUGUUCUAGAUAUGUUUGGCAUCUACGGGAGAGGUCGGUGAGAAAAAUGCUUGCAACAUGUAAAGCAAAUUGAUUAAAAAAUGAUUAAAUUAGUUCAUAAAUUGAAUUAAAAAAUUGCAUGAAUGUUUGCAGUUAUUUGAUAUUUGACCCAAACGUGAUCUUAAAACUCCUCAUAAAAGUCUUAUUUACCAAUUUACUGUGAUUCCAAAUCAUAUUGUGCACAUUUUCUCCCAAUUAAAGUCUUAACUAGUCACCAACAGUUGAGAUGCUCUCAGACCCUAACCCUUAACAAACAAACUGCAGUAAUAUCAAGCCCUUUUGUCUCGUCCCAGACCGCGUACAUGGGUGAAAAAAACAGCAUAAGUUGUGUUUUGGAUGCUGGAAUGCUGGUCCAGCAUGCAGUCUGGGUAACUGGAUGCUGAACUUGUAUGCUAGACCAACAUCCCAUGCCGGAUCAGCAACCUAUGAUCCACCAGUCCACCAAGACACUACAUAUGCCAGUCUAUGCUGUUUUUUUUUUCUUUUUUAACCAGGGUUGGUCACAUAUGGAAUUUAUACUGGGAAACUGUAAGCAUCCCAACAUAUUUUGUUUGUGGGUACCAUGGUAACCCCACAUUAGGCCCGUUUCCACUCCAGGGUAAUAAUACUGAAACUUGUAGUAUGCUUGUGUCUCCUUCUCACCGGGCUGGCUCAAAAGACCAUUUUCUGGGCUUUUUCAGGAACCAACCAAGUGGUAGAGUCACUGAAUGGGACUUGUGGUCAGCUAAUGCAGAUUAGUUGUGAAACAGUAGGAAAUGGCAUGACAGACAUCACCAAAUAUCAUUUGUUAAACCGGAAACUGGUUGCUGGUUAAGCAGAUUGGAAAACAAAGACAAGAAGCGACGUUCACGCUGCCUUAAAAUCGCAGUUUCUAGACUCCCAACACCAAAAAGUGUGGCGGAAAUCCUCCCGCGGCGUUGAAAUUCACCGUACUGUUUUAUGAAACUAAAAAUGGAGCUUCUUCUGGUCAUUGAACACCGCUUUUUACAUCACACAGACCAAUCUCUCUGUUCUCAGACUUGAUUCAUUUACGCCAAACUUUGACAGAAUAAAACUUUUUUGAAUGUUUUAAUGGCUGUGGACGCCUUUUGGCGCUGACCAGUGAUGUCACUCACUGCCAAAGCAGUCAUGAAAUGCUGAUAUCUUAGCAAUGUCCUGCUCUUGUAUGGGGACACAACAUCUGAGAGGACUGAGGUGUCAUGUCUCCUGGUCAUAUUUCCCCCUCCCAGAAAUUUCUCAGGACCCUCGUAGUGGAAACACAGCUAUAGACGGGCUCUACAUUGGUUUUCAGAGGGACCCAGAUGGUUGGACUCAUUUAUGAGCUCAUUACAUUUUUUGUGGGCAAUCACCUGUGGGGCCCCUAUGAAAACCCUUUUUGGCCCCAUACGCUUUUCCUGUAUUCCAUAUGGGGCCCACAUAUGUAUGCUGGCUGGUAGUUGGGAGUUUUACUGACUCAUUUCCUGAGUUUGAUUCACACAUCAGUCAAAACACUAUUUGAAACUUCGACUGGGGUGUUUGUGUGUAUGGAGCUGUCACGCACACAUGUUCAGUCAUAGACACUGAAGUAUGUUUAGUCAUUUUUUGAGUGUAAACUGAAGUUUAACCCGGAUCACAGAGCAGCUGAGUUGUGACUAACUAGAUAUCUGGUUUAAAAACAGCCCCGAGGCGCUGCUCAGUUUCAAAGUUCCCUCGCUCUCCUGUCAUGCCUUCAUUGUGUUGAUGCCAGUGGGCAUGUGCCACGGCUCAACUGAGCGUUUCAUGUGAAGAUCUGCUUUUGUGUGACUUUAAUAGAGUCAUUGAGAACCAUUAACCACCUCCCGCCAGAGCCCCCACUCUGAGUUUUUGUGUUUUCUGUCAGAUUGUUUUACCACAAUUAGAGAGAGAGAAAAAAAGAAACCGAUUCCAUUAAAGUGCUUUUGCGUUCUGACAUCCCUCCACUUUUAGCUCAUCAACAGUGUCAUUAAGUGACCACUAGAUGGAAGCAUCCUAAAUGGAGCCUCAGGUUGCUUGGGUCUAGAGGUGACAUCAUAAUUAGUAUUCCAGGAGGCAGCUGGACGCCUCGGACCUGUUGCUGGGACAUGAGAGAGAAAGAAAUAAUCAAAUAAAAACAAGCCGUAGAGUCACAUGACUCCCACAUAGACCUUUUUGUAAAAACCCCGCUCAUGAAGUCCUUUUUACAUAAAUUGUAGCUGCCUCAUCAGCUGUUCCUGAAAAGUUUUACUGCACCUGCUCCCAAACCAAAGAUCCUCACAUCUCUAUCUUCAGGAGGGAUUUUGGAGGUCUUUAUUCCAAAACAGGCACAACCUGAGCUUCUCCCACGUUAAUCCACUCCUCCACCCAGUCGAACUCUAACAGCGAGGCCAUUUACAGCUGCAGGCCUUCCUCUCCUCCCAAUACGCUUCCUUUUUAUUUUAUUUAUUUUUUUAGCACAGGAGGGAUCGGUGGAAGGCUCAAGGGUAUCUGUGAUCUAAUCAUUACACCAUCUCCUCACCUCGGCGACCCCGCUGUAUUCAUCUCUCUGUCUGCUCUCGUCGCUCUACCCCUAUCUCACCAUGUCGCUUCUCCCUCUUUCUAUCUCUCGUUCUAUCUUUGUCCUCUCGGCUUCUCUGUCCCUCACCUGCAGCGGGCUGUAACCUCGGCCUCUGCGUGCUGACAGGAGGAGAACCUAAGAACCAGUAUUAUUUGAGAAGGGAAUCAUAUCUGUAAACAAAAUGAGUUCAAAUGAGAUAAAUGUGAUUUUUUUCCCCACACAGCUGUGCAGAUGUGAAGGAAAGCAUUUUGGCACGACUCCUGUAAUCUGAAGUUUGCGCUCUGCUCUCGGUGUCUAUGUUGUGCCCAUGAAGCCAAAGAUGUACGCUGUAUCUGCUGUACUCAGUUGUGUGUCUCCUAACCACGGUACCGACCGCCGAGGCCUGACUCUGCAACCGUGCAAUCCUGACUGUGUAGCAGAACCUUGUAUUGUUGCUGUAUCAUACUGUAAAUAUUGUACAUAGAUCAUAAUAAAGCUAUACACUGCUUCUUCUAA